GAUGAACAAAAGAGACCCCCAGAUAGCUUUGGUUUCGUCGAAACCGUAUUUUCUGAGUCCGGAUUGUGAUGAGUAUAAAUUUUUUGAAGUUAUCAUUCAGAAAUCAAUUCUUGAAGUGUUAGAGACUAACCAGAUCGAGGAACCUCUUCUCGUCCAUUCUGUUCUCUCUACAUUAAUUGGCGGAACUUAUUUCUGUAAGAUUGGUAUAGAGGAGGAAAAUUUCUUGUUCAACUUGAAAACUUUCAAAGUCCUGGAGAUAAUUCCAGCUACACCGUUUUAG